AUGGCAGAUGACUUCCUUUCGAGACUUUAUUUGAGCCUCACCUGGGUCAAGGUGACGUCAGGUGGGGUCUCUGAGAUCCUUGGCCUCGUGGUUAGGAGGAGCUCAGAUAUGGGACUCCACACUGAAGUGCUCCAGUCCAGAGAGGAUCCUACAACCUGGAUUCUCUGUGACUAUCACCGGGAUGUACCUCAUGAAGGGCCGCUUGAUCUUCCGAUGACUUUGAAGCCCCUGAAGUCCGAAAUCUUCCAGCGAGCGUUUCCUUCGCCCACGGCGACGGCCUCUGCCAGUGGACACUGGCUCAGUGGAGACGACUUCGUUGGACCCAUGGAGGAUGCCUUGUACUACGCUGUGUUCUUCGACAUUUUGCCGCAGCACGUGGUGGCCUUCGCACAAGGCUUGACUGAGGAAGCCGCGGCCGUUGAACACCUGGAGUUGAAGACGGCGCGGUUCCACCUGUGGCAGAACACGACGGAUGCAUCACGCUGGGUGGUGCUAGAAGCCUUCCGUGAAGCAGCAGGGCGAGAGGAACAUGCAUCUAUGCCGCACUACUUGAAGAUACGGGCUCAGCUGGAGGAGUGGCAGAGGAGUCCCAGAAGCCACGACACUGGCUAUUCGUUGAUCUUAUCUUGA